AUGUCAGAUUCCAACACCACCGACUUCACCAGCCCCUCCACCUUCAUCCUGCUGGGCAUCCCUGGCCUGGAGGCAGCCCACAUCUGGAUCUCCAUCCCCUUCUGCAUAAUGUAUACCAUCGCUCUCUUGGGGAAUUUCGCUAUCCUGUUCAUUGUGAAGACAGAGCCGAGCCUCCAUGGGCCCAUGUACUAUUUCCUCUGCAUGCUGGCCGUCACCGACCUGGUCCUGUCCACCUCCACCCUGCCCAAAAUUUUGAGCAUCUUCUGGUUCAAUGCCAAGGAGAUAAAUUUCAGUGCCUGCCUCACCCAGAUGUUCUUCAUUCACUGCUUCUUUGCAAUGGAGUCUGGGAUUAUUGUGGCCAUGGCAUUGGAUCGCUAUGUGGCCAUCUGUGAUCCCCUGCGACAUUCCACCAUCCUGACAAGCCCUGUGGUGGCCAAGCUUGGCCUGGCUGUGUUGCUGCGUGGUGCCGUGGUCACAUUGCCCUGUCCCGUGCUGGCCCGGCAGUGGCCAUAUUGCAGAACCAACAUCAUCCCGCACACAUGCUGCGAUCACAUGGCCGUGGUAAACCUGGCCUGUGCCGACAUUCGCAUCAAUAGCUACUAUGGCCUCUUGGUGGGAAAUUUGGUGGUCAGUCUAGAUGUGGUAUUUAUCACUGUGUCCUACACCCAGAUCCUCAGGGCCAUCUUCAGCCUCCCCACAAAGGAUGCCCGGCUCAAGACUUUUGGGACCUGUAGCUCCCACCUUUUUGCCAUUUUAGCCUUUUACAUCCCAGGUCUGUUCUCUGUGGUCACAAAUCGGCUUCGCCACAACAUGACCCAGCAGUUCCAUGUUCUCUUUGCCAACCUGUGUCUCUUGGUGCCCCCCAUGCUAAACCCCAUCAUUUUCGGUGUGAGGACCAAGCAGAUCCGGGACCGGAUGUUCCAGGUGUUUACUCACAAAGGGAUCUAA